AUGAUUAUUAUCUCAACCAAGGCUCUCAGCUCAGGGCGUUCAUCCAUGAGUCUCAGCUUAGGGGCGUUCAUCCAAGAGUCUCAGCUCAGGGGCGUUCAAUCAAGAGUCUCAGUUCGGGGCGUUCAAUCAAGAGUCUCAGCUCGGGGCGCUCAACCAAGAGUCUCAGCUCGGAGCGUUCAACCAAGAGUCUCAGCUCACAGUAUGGGUGAACGAGCGCCGGAAGAUAUCAGAGCUAAGGGAGAGGAAGAUAUCAGAGCUCAGGGAGAGGAAGAUAUCAGAGCUCAGGGAGAGGAAGAUAUCAGAGCUCAGGGAGAGGAAGAUAUCAGAGCUCAGGGAGAGGAAGAUAUCAGAGCUCAGGGAGAGGAAGAUAUCAGAGCUCAGGGAGAGGAAGAUAUCAGAGCUCAGGGAGAGGAAGAUAUCAGAGCUCAGGGAGAGGAAGAUAUCAGAGCUAAGGGAAAGAUAUUUGUUUUAUGGAGAGGAAGAUAUCAGAGAGAAGAUAUCAGAGCUCAGGGAGUGGACGAUAUCAGAGCUCAGGAGAGGGGAAGAUAUCAGAUAAGGGAGGAAGAUAUCAGAGCUCAGGGAGUGGACGAUAUCAGAGCUCAGGGAGAGGAAGAUAUCAGAGCUCAGGAGAGGAAGAUAUCAGAGCUUAAGGGAGAGGAAGAUAUUUGUUUGGAGUGGACGAUAUCAGAGCUCAGGGAGAGGAAGAUAUCAGAGCUCAGGGAGAGGAAGAUAUCAGAGCUCAGGGAGAGGAAGAUAUCAGAGCUCAGGGAGAAUAUCAGAGCUCAGGGAGAGGAAGAUAUCAGAGCUCAGGGAGUGGACGAUAUCAGAGCUCAGGGAGUGGACGAUAUCAGAGCUCAGGGAGAGGAAGAUAUCAGAGCUCAGGGAGAGGAAGAUAUCAGAGCUCAGGGAGAGGAAGAUAUCAGAGCUCAGGGAGAGGAAGAUAUCAGAGCUCAGGGAGAGGAAGAUAUCAGAGCUCAGGGAGAGGAAGAUAUCAGAGCUCAGGGAGAGGAAGAUAUCAGAGCUCAGGGCAGAAAGAUAUCAGAGCUAAGGGCAAAAAGAUAUCAGCUCAGAGGGAGAAAGAUAUCAUAA